CACCAGCCGGAAAUCUUUCAGUUUAUACUUGACUCGUCGAUAGGGAUAGAAUCGCCGGACCGCGCCGCUCGCUUCCCUUCCCCACCUCUCUCUCUCUCUCUCUCUACCCCGCCGUCCUUCCACGACCGAUCCCCACGGCACAGUCUACGGCUCAGACUUUCGCGACGCACCGCAAUCGCGAAUCGCAUCGCUGCCGCCUCUGUCGCAAUGAGCCCGGCCAAUUGAAGCGACCAUGGUUCGUGUCACAGAGGAGCUGGCGCUCUCGCCGGAGCAUGUCACUCUCUACUACGCCAGCGACCCGCUACUUGGCCACCUGCCUGUCCUGAUCUUCCACGGUCCCUCGACCACGGCCAACUACACCCACAAUAGCUCCAGGAUCCAGGUACAUAUCUACAGCCCGGCCGGCUACCAGUCCUUCCCGCGCAUCACCGUCUCCCCAAACUCGCCUUUCUAUAGUGUCGUCGCACACCUGCCGCGCGAGUUCCAGGGCGACGAGGUCUGCAGGGGCUUGGCCUUUGGUUUGUACAAGUAUUUCACCGAGCUGCCCGAGGUCGUCAAAAAUCACCUGAAGAACCAAUACCCAAUCACACAGGCCCGGCGCCCAAGUUCGGCCCCGGCUCUCUUUGGCGAGCAGCAUGCUGCCGACCUCGCCAAGGCUGCCGUGCAGGCAGAGAACACGGCCGAGGCUAUUGGAAUCCUGGAAUAUGCGCUGCGGGCGCAGCAUCUGAGUGGUGUCGACAUGGAUUUGGUUCUGCCCCCUGGCUCGAUCGUCCCCUUAGAGAAUGCUGAUUUUGAGGAUGUUGCCGACGACGAGGACGACGUGUUCGACCCUACACUGCGGCAGUACGGUGGAUACGCUCCCUUGGUGAAGCUCUUUGGCGAGCCGGUCUUCCUGCCGACCUCAAAGCUACGGCGAGCACCAUCGAGGCCCAUGUCGCUGAAGCGGAACAAGUCCUUCUCCAAGAACCAAAAAGUUGAGCUGCGCAUGAAGAUGGGCGAGUUGGUCGAUACGGAGGAACGCUACGUUCUCAAGCUGAAUGAACUAGUCAAGAACGUUGCCAACGACUUUCGUGAGAAGGCGAAGGAGCGCCCGGCCGGUAGCACCAGCCCAUGCGAGGAAGACCUGGAAAAGUUGUUCCCCAAAUCUGCGGACAGCAUUCUGGAGAAUAAUACGGCCUUUAUGCAGGAACUCCGUCGGGUCAUGGACGAGACCGAGGAGGAAGCCGUCAAGGACAUGGAGGCCCCGUUUCCUGUGACGCGGUUGGGAAGCCCCAACAAGGUCAAGGACCCAACCGGUGCCGUCGCCAUGGCCAAAGUUUUCCUCGAAUGGUUCCCCAAGUUCACCGACUGCUACCAGGACUACAUUCGGGCGAGCCAAAAUUUCCCGCAGCUUCUCAAUGCUUUCUUGGACAAGCAGUCAAGCUUUCGCCAGCGAGUUGUCCAGACGGGGGAGCAAACCAUUCGCUCGCUCCUCAUUGAGCCUGUCCAGAGACUGCCGCGGUACAGUUUGUUCAUUGACCAGAUUGUCGCCUGUCUUCCAAUGACGCACCCGGCGUUGCAACCCCUACUUCGAGCAAGGGACAUCAUCACGAAUAUCUGCUCCAUGGACGAACCCCUUCCCGACAAACCCCACCUCACGAAUCGCCUUCGCGCCGUGGUCGAGCAUUGGCCGCUGGAUCUCGAGCCCCAGGGCCGGCUGAUCUUGGCUGCCGACUUUCUCGAACUAGCUCCCCCAUACGUUUCCGUCUCGCAUCACCAGGAUAUCCAGGAUCGUUCUGGGGUUUUCCUCCUCUUUUCCGACUGCCUCGUAAUCCUCCAAAAGAGGACGAGCUCAGGGCUCACAGGUCGCGUCUUUCUACGCGAGAUUGACAAACCCUCUCCCGCUGGCUUACUUGCGUCAAUGACCAACGCUGCCGGCGGCGAAGGGACCUGGGAAUUUGCGUUCGCUGGUUGGCACAGCUUGGCUGACGUCCGCUUCACGGAAUCCUCCGACGGUCGGCUUAUCUGGAUGAGUUCGACCCAGGAGAUGAAGGGGGCCCCUCCCAGCAGCGAGCACUGUGGGAGCAGGGCCAUGACGUCGCGGUGCUUUCUACUGCAGGAUCACUAUGAGGGAAGGGUAAGCAAAUGGAGCGAGGACAUUAUCAAGGCUCGCAUUGAGGGCAGGUUCUCCGAGAAAGAGAGGGAAGAAUCCACCUGGACGCUUCGCACAGUCAAGAUGCAGGAUAUCGGUUUUGGCUUAUACGCCGCGGUCUUCCAGGAGGGUGCGCAGCAACUUAUCGAGGGGCGCAGGGAACCGGCACCCAUCCGCGUCGUCCUGGACAACGACAAAGGCACCAAAGGAGCGCCUGUCGGCCACUACGGUGUCGAGAUUCUCGUCGAGGCUAAAACCGGCGAUAUGCAGCGGAUCUCCAUGAGUACACUGGGCCUGAACGGGAAGAAGUUCACCGAUGAUGUUGCGCUGGAAGAUUUCCUCCCUACCUUGUCGCGUAGGAUCAUCCAGUUGCUCAGUACCCAGUUCAGUGUCGCCAACCUGAGGCUCGUCCCAGCUUUGGUGUCGUAUCACACCAAGAUCCUCCGCACAAUCAAUGUUACCCCCAGAACGGAGAAGAACACCCGGUCUUUCCUCUCCUCUUCUCCGGUGAAGAUGCUCUCGAAUCUGCUAGUGGGCAGUACCGCUUCGUCGAGCACUACCUCCGUCGACAACGCGGGCAUCAACGGCUCGAGACACAAGCGUACCCGGUCGAAUAGCACCAGAGACGUGACCGUGAUAGCCGGGUCAAUCAAGGACCGGGAUAUACCUCGCCUGACCGUGGAGGAAGAACCUCCAGAGAACCCGCUGGUUCGGCUCGAGCAGACCUUUACCGGAUUCGUGGCAAACAUGCAAGCGCGCAAGGGUUACUUUGUCGCCCGCACCUUGCUCAACAGGGCCUUGGCCGACGAGCUUCAGGUCAACGACCUCUACAACCGUCUGAUAGAGUUCCCCUUCGAUCUAGACGCCGCUUCGGAGCUGGGGACCGAGGUCAUCUUUGCGGCCUUUGAAAAGUUCAUUCGCAUUGCCUGGCGCGAGCAGAUCGGGCCCGUCAUGACCAUGGAACACCUUGAAGCCCUUCAGGUGCGCGCAUCCAAAAAGGUCGUUGGCGACUUUGCCGAUUUCGUCCGGUUCAUAUUUAGCGAUAUGGCCCCUCAGAAUCGACGCGCGUUCACGGCGAUUAUUAAACUGCUCGCAGACCUUCUCGAGGGCUGUGGAAACGAUGGCGACAGGGGCGCGUUGACCCUGGCAUUUGCAGAGCUCCUAGUCUAUGACGGGAACGCCCCAGACUACAUCAACCUCCUCGACCGUCUCGUCGAGGAUUGCGAUCGCAUCUUUGAGAAGGCUGAUGCCCGUGACCCUACCGGUCUGCUGAGCAGCCUUUCCUAUGAGUCUUUGAUAACUCCCAGCAACCGAAGCCAGAAGUCGACGACGGGAUCGAUAACCUCGAAUACCUCGUCGCUUCGGAGAAAGUUCGGGUUCGACACGCUCCUGCGGCAGAAUAGCAAGACGGAUACAGAGCGGUCAUCUGUGUGGCGCACCUUGAGCAAACACAGCAAGACUCCCAGCUCCGAGAACGGGAGCCUGUCAAAAGCCAGCAGGUCCAAGUCCGUGGACAUGGGGGUGAAUUACACCUACACGCCCAACCGGUUCCGGCGCCCGGGAUCUCGCGACCGCCCUUCGGUCGCCGGUGCCUUUGACGACAUCGGACAUCGCCCAGGUAGCUCCCACCGGCUCGAAACCAUCGGCGAACCGGAAGGCACCGAAUCGGGCAGCGUCAAGUCAAUCAAAAAGAAGCGCCGGAGUUCGCUCUCGGACCUCAAGUCCUUGAUGGCUGCGACAAGUCUAGAGGACGAUGCAGAGGUCAUGCCUCUCCAAGUCAACAAGCAGCAGACAGCCGAGAAGUUCAACUCGGUCCCCCGACCUCCAUCACCCUCCAAGAUCCCCAUCGGCCCGCAGUCUCACGUAUCGACCUUCCGCUCGUCCAAGCAGAAGGAGAACACGGUGGACCCAUUCCAGCCGCCCGUCGAAUCUGCAGAAGAGAACGAGAAGCCGGUCCCUCAGAGAACGCGUGCUAGGACCAUGACGAUCUCGCAAAUCCCUACCCUGAAGCCACCGGCGAACCCCCGCAUCCCUGUGCCCCCGUCACCCGAGCCUCCCACCCGCCCGUCGAGCAGCCCGGGAAAGCCGGCCGGCACCAGUCAAAAACUCCGCCUCCAGUCUCCACAGAAGCUCCGUGAGCGCCUGCAGACAGAGAAAAGGGCUGUAGAAGAGGUUGAUGCCUCACUGAGGAGCGAACUCUCGCGCAUCUCGGAGGACAUGGCACGCGUUAACUCUGCGCUCCCACGCUCGGCCACUGCCGACAUCCGCAAGCUGUCGGUGGCCGUCAAGGCGCUCGAGGACCGCGUGCCGCAAGUGUUGGAGGAGCUCGAGGAACGGCACGCGCUUAUGCAGCGCGACCUCGAGGCCACCUUGCGCGCGACCGAGGCCAAGGUUAGGGCCAUCGACCAGCUGUACAAGGAGGCCACGGCGGAGAACGAACUGUUGUACGAGAAGUUCAACUCGGAGCUCGGCAAGAUCGUCAAGGCGCUUAAGGGGAAGAACAGGGAGGACAAGGAAGAGCUGGUGGCGAGGUUGAAGGAGUCGAGUGACGAGGCGGCGAGAAUCAAGAAGGAGAACGCGAGGCUGAAAAGGGAGAUGGUCAGCCUGAGGGCGCUGCUCAAAGGAGCGACGAGCGCUGCUGGCGCGGGCAGCGGCGGUACGGGUAGUGAUGGGGAGGGGAAUUAGGUGAUCGCUGGGGUGCUCGGUUGGGGAUUGUUUGGCUGGUCUAACAACUGGUG